AUCAAUAAACCGCCCCCGCAGAUCUAAGUCUUGGGUGUCAUCGUCAAGGGUUGUAUAACCCUUGAUAAGAUGUAGCCAUCUGCAUGUAGCAGGUUCCAUCACAAUGUAAACUCGAUAUACAAAUACCCCAUCCCAGCGACGUUCUUUCUCGAUCGUCCACCACGAAAACAAGCAAAUCCACAAUUUCGCGUAUACACUUCCCUUCGACCCAUCUGAAAGAAACUUCGUAUCUUCAACUCCAAUAUCUUCCAGACAAGAAAGGCUCCACAAUGCAGUUUUCUCUUACGACAAUCCUUGUUUUUGUUGGAUUCUUGGGAAUGGGUAUUGCUGCUCCAACUAAUUAUGGAGAUGUCUCUGCUGCUUGCUCUGCGGAUGAAGCGUCUACGGAUCUUUGUCCUAUGUGAGAAAAGCACACUGGGUGGAAUGGAUUCAAACAAUGCGACGACCUCUACAGAUUUCAGUCGAGACCUAAGUUGUGAAUGAGAGGGUGAUCAAUUCAAUGUCAAUUAACAUUCCUUGGAACUCUUUCAUUUCGAUAUGUGAAUUUGCUAUGCUCUGCAAGUAGUGUAAACUCCUUCCAUUCCCACAGCCAUGCAAUUACGUAGACAGAUCCCUCGCUCAAGAUGCACAACCACAACUUCAUCUUCUAGAGUGUGGGGGCGGAGAAUGGAUUCACACAGCAGGGGUGGAGUUCCUUGUAGACAGAACGAGAUGCGGCAUCUACGUAACGUUAUUCUUCCACCGUAAGCGAAAAGGCAGAUUAGUCAUGUUGUCUCUCAAAGAGCCGGAAACCCAAGAACUGUCAGCUAACCGAAAAGCUGUACAGCUGUUCCCUCGCUUGCCACAUCACUGUAGUCUAGAAUCCGUGCGCCGAUGAUGAUUGGACAUAUCUCAAUUUGACGGUACUGUUGCUGAAGCCCAGGAGAAUGAACUAUGUCACACGGUUCCUUGCACAUGCGUUCAGCCAUUGAGAGCGAGCAGGAAAUUUGGCCCCCGAAUAUCUUUCUUGUUUUCGUAUUGACUUGACCGGUGUUCUGUCCAUACAGGAAAGGCGCAUUAUAAGCUUCUUCUUUUUCUUCCACCC